AUGUGGAGUGGAGACUCAGGAGAUGUAGGAGACUUCAGACUCGAAGGAACCAGUGGAGACUCAGGAGAUGUAGGAGACUUCAGACUCGAAGGAACCACUGGAGACUCAGGAGAUGUAGGAGACUUCAGACUCGAAGGAACCAGUGGAGACUCAGGAGAUGUAGGAGACUUCAGACUCGAAGGAACCAGUGGAGACUCAGGAGAUGUAGGAGACUUCAGACUCGAAGGAACCACUGGAGACUCAGAAGAUGUAGGAGACUUCAGACUCGACGGAACCGGUGGAGACUCAGGCGAUAGUCACACUGAAGGCAUGUGGAGUGGAGACUCAGGAGAUGUAGGAGACUUCAGACUCGAAGGAACCAGUGGAGACUCAGGAGAUGUAGGAGACUUCAGACUCGAAGGAACCACUGGAGACUCAGGAGAUGUAGGAGACUUCAGACUCAAAGGAACCAGUGGAGACUCAGGAGAUGUAGGAGACUUCAGACUCGAAGGAACCAGUGGAGACUCAGGAGAUGUAGGAGACUUCAGACUCGAAGGAACCAGUGGAGACUCAGGAGAUGUAGGAGACUUCAGACUCGACGGAACCAGUGGAGACUCAGGAGAUGUAGGAGACUUCAGACUCGAAGGAACCACUGGAGACUCAGGAGAUGUAGGAGACUUCAGACUCGACGGAACCGGUGGAGACUCAGGCGAUGUAGGAGACUUCAGGCUCGACGGAACCAGUGGAGACUCAGGAGAUCUAGGAGACUUCAGAUUCGAAGGAACCACUGGAGACUCAGGAGAUAGUCACACUGAAGGCAUGUGGAGUGGAGACUCAGGAGAUGUAGGAGACUUCAGACUCGAAGGAACCAGUGGAGACUCAGGAGAUGUAGGAGACUUCAGACUCGAAGGAACCACUGGAGACUCAGGAGAUGUAGGAGACUUCAGACUCGAAGGAACCAGUGGAGACUCAGGAGAUGUAGGAGACUUCAGACUCGAAGGAACCAGUGGAGACUCAGGAGAUGUAGGAGACUUCAGACUCGAAGGAACCAGUGGAGACUCAGGAGAUGUAGGAGACUUCAGACUCAAAGGAACCAGUGGAGACUCAGGAGAUGUAGGAGACUUCAGACUCGAAGGAACCAGUGGAGACUCAGGAGAUGUAGGAGACUUCAGACUCGAAGGAACCAGUGGAGACUCAGGAGAUGUAGGAGACUUCAGACUCGAAGGAACCACUGGAGACUCAGGAGAUGUAGGAGACUUCAGACUCGACGGAACCGGUGGAGACUCAGGCGAUGUAGGAGACUUCAGGCUCGACGGAACCAGUGGAGACUCAGGAGAUCUAGGAGACUUCAGAUUCGAAGGAACCACUGGAGACUCAGGAGAUGUAGGGGACUUCAGACUCGACGGAACCAGAGACUUCAGACUCGAAGGAACCAGUGGAGACUCAGGAGAUAUAGGAGACUUCAGACCCGAAGGAACCAGUGGAGACUCAGGAGAUGGAGGAGACUUCAGACUCGACGGAACCACUGGAGACUCAGGAGAUGUAGGAGACUUCAGACUCGAAGGAACCACUGGAGACUCAGGAGAUGUAGGGGACUUCAGACCCGACGGAACCAGUGGAGACUCAGGAGAUGUAGGAGACUUCAGACUCGAAGGAACCACUGGAGACUCAGGAGAUGUAGGGGACUUCAGACCCGACGGAACCAGUGGAGACUCAGGAGGUGUAGGAGACUUCAGACCCGACGGAACCAGUGGAGACUCAGGAGAUGUAGGAGACUUCAGACCCGAAGGAACCAGUGGAGACUCAGGAGAUGUAGGAGACUUCAGACCCGAAGGAACCAGUGGAGACUCAGGAGAUGUAGGAGACUUCAGACCCGAAGGAACCAGUGGAGACUCAGGAGAUGUAGGAGACUUCAGACUCGAAGGAACCACUGGAGACUCAGGAGAUGUAGGAGACUUCAGACUCGAAGGAACCAGUGGAGACUCAGGAGAUGUAGGAGACUUCAGACUCGAAGGAACCAGUGGAGACUCAGGAGAUGUAGGAGACUUCAGACUCGAAGGAACCAGUGGAGACUAA